AUGCCGCCCCGCCAGUGGAUCGACAAGAAAAAUGCGAGCACAUUCCAGCUCUUCCACCGUUCCCAACUGGAUCCAUUGAUCCACGACCCCCAAGCGGAUGAUCGAGUCCUCCACCACGUCUCUGGCCCUACGCCGGCCCCUUCAUCGGCCUCGACAGCAUCUCAAAAGCCCUCCCGUAACCUCUCCGAACUAAAGUCCGAAUUCACCGAAGAUGCCAUCCGUCGCAACGAGGGAGAGGCCGCCAACUAUGGCGUCUACUUUGACGACUCUCGGUAUGAUUACAUGCAGCAUUUGCGCGAACUGGGCACUGGUGCCGGUGAUGCACACUUCGUGGAGGCCAAGCCUGAAAAGGGCAAGGGCAAGAUCAAGGGCAUGAGAUUGGAGGAUGCGUUGGCGCAGGCUUCCUUGAACGAUGGGCCAAGUGUUGCGGGGUCCGAGUUCGGCGAUAUGCGUUCAACUGCGACAUCCUACGUGCGAAAGCCGACAUAUCAAGAUCAGCAAGCUGUUCCAGAUGCCAUUGCUGGAUUCCAGCCCGAUAUGGACCCGCGUCUACGAGAGGCCCUGGAGGCCCUGGAAGAUGAGGCAUUCGUCGAUGAUGAGGAUGAUGAUAUUUUCGGCGAAUUGACUAAGGGUGGUGAUGAGGAGAUGGAUAAAGGAGACUGGGAGGAUACGCUUUUUGACCACGACGAGGAGGAUGAUGGCUGGGAGUCAGAUGCGACAGAAAAGGCGCCAGUGCAGGUGGACAGUACUGAAGAUGUUGACCCCGUUGAGGACCUUGAGCCCGGCGAAAUGCCUGAACAUGACCGCCCCGCUCCAGACCUCCACCCGCAGGAUCAAGGAUGGAUGAACGAGUUCGCCAAGUUCAAGAAAGAGGCGAAGUCUGGCAAGGCUGCUGCCCCCGCUCCUCCUACAAUCGCUCCCUCUGAGCAGCAGACGACCGCAUCCACCGCUUUCACAGUUGGUGGAACUCCCAUCCGCCGUAAGAAGCGCAAGGGUGCCCUGACCAACCCCUCCGCUUACUCUAUGACUUCGUCCGCGUUGGCGCGUACCGAGGGACAUCGCCUUCUGGACGACCGGUUCGACAAGGUUGAGGCCCUGUACUCCCUUGACGAAGAAGAUGAGGAAUACGACGACAGCAUGUCCAUGGUUAGCGGCAUGACCGGUGCCACUGGCAUGACUGGAAUGUCUACUGCAUCCUCUCAAGCGCCUAGUCUCAUUGAUGCCGAGGGAGCUGGUGUCUCGCGCAGUGAUUUCCACAAUGUCAUGGAUGACUUCUUAGCCGGCUGGGAUAACAACACUAGUGCCCAGGCCAAGCGAAGGGGAGCCAAGAACAAGCGCGGUCGCAACGGAAACGAGGCCAUUGGAAUUCGCAUGCUGGAUGAGGUUCGCUCUGGCCUUGGACCCGCUCGGUUUAAAGAGGCUGCCAAGGUCCCUGGGCCGGCCUAA